CUCGAAUCGAAGGAAGCACAUCCGGUUGGUAGAGUACGAGAGUAAAUACGGCGACCACUCAAACACCAGCUCCAUUUUCGACUACCCGCUGUCAGGGGUGACAUCUUGAAGAGCCACUUACUUAUCAGGACAUCAUGAGGAAAACGAAGGACAAUCGACAACUUUCCCCCAACCGUUGGAAUUCGGCCCAAGAGGCAAACCAGGACAACGUGUCUCAUUUUCCUUGCUUUCUUCAUCCAGACGUAACCGUCGGAGGAGGAGGAGGAGGAGUAAUCCCGUCACGAUGUCUCUCUUACUCCAACCAACAACUUCCGCUCCUCAAGAAGCCUUCGUCGUCGAUACAGGACUUCUCGGACGUAAUGGACACAAGAAUCCUCAGUGCUCUGAGUGACGACCACGGAAACGAAUGGGUCAUCGUGGGUCGCUUAGGUCACGAAGAUACCCAGAAUCUCGAUUGGAAAGUCAGAUACCCAACGAACGUCGCGUUCCAGGCAUUCGUAUUCCUGGCCGCCAACGGCUUCAACAACAUCCAUCAGAGCGUCGGUUUGCUUUCGUCCGCUCGAAUCAAACCUUCAUCUAAUCCGGAAGCAAUAUGCAACUCGAAGUCAGCCUAUGAAGAACAUAACAUCGCAGAUUCAAGCAAGUGUGACUCCAGGCAUGCAGAUGCAAGCACGACAACUGCAUGGACCCAGCAGACUAACGAGGGAACCCCUUAUCGGCAGGUAAUGCAGGUCAGCGAUCGACAGACAGAGAGAGCGCCUUCCAGACACCUGCAUUCUGCAAACGCCGCAGUACUGGCAAAUAACGAAGAACACUCUACUUCACUAACCGAGCGCGAUGCAUCACAUGAUCCGAAGGGAUAUGGUCAGGCUACUCUUCCAGAACGUGCGAGGAAUUCCAAGCCGACUCCCACGUCCCUCUGGACGAGAUAUUUGCAAGUGAAGUCGACGGCUCGCUUGAUCCAGCGAGUGAGGGAAAGGUCUUUCACAGACAAAUCGACAAAGUAUUGGCUUCUCCAGACGAGGGUCUAGCUGUCCUUGUGAUUGAUAAUGAUUCUUAACCUACGUAUCAUGUGAUAUCAAUCCCUUAAGAUGAUAUUUGUCAUUGUAUAUAUAUCCUCUUGACUAAAAUCCAUAGCAGCAUACAUACAAGAUUGAUAUGUUUUGUUAAUUUAUAUAGUAUUUAUGUAUAAGUUAUAUAAUAGUGUUUUGCGUUAACGUGGGACUUUAGUGUGUAUACUUUUGACUAAACCCCACAGCAGCAUACAUACAAGAUUAGUAUGUUUUGUUAAUGUAUACCAUAUUUAUGUAUAUAGUAUUAUAGAAAAG